CUCGGCAAGUUUUCUCUUCAGUUCUUUCGACCAAGGAUCACGACGUGAGGUCAACCACCUGCCCAUUCAACUACUUAAAAUCCGACGACCACUAUGGAUGAGCCUCAAUCGAAAGCUUGGCCUCUUGCCGAAGACGAACUCACCAAUGCUAUCUUGGAGCUCGUGCAACAAGCCAGCCAAUACAAGCAGCUGAAGAAGGGUGCCAACGAAGCCACUAAAACCCUCAAUCGUGGUAUUGCCGAAUUCAUCGUGCUCACCGCUGACACAGAGCCAUUGGAAAUUCUGUUGCAUCUUCCCUUGCUCUGUGAAGAGAAGAACGUGCCCUACGUCUUCGUGCCCUCCAAGGCUGCCCUCGGCCGCGCUUGUGGUGUAACCCGGCCUGUCAUCUCCGCCAGUGUCAUCACCAGCGAGUCGAGCGAGCUAUCCAGCCAGAUCACGACCAUCAAAAAUGCGAUCGAGAAAUUGCUUGUAUGAUUCUGCGACUUCUCCCAUGUCAGGCUGCCGAAAUCGGGCUUGCAUGUCAUGUAUGCAGUCAAACAAAAACAAUGAAUAUUGUGACGAAGUCGUCUUCAAA